GAUUAAGCACGUGUGCCCACGAACAAGGAGGGGAUCAAGCAAAAAGAGAGCAGUCACUUUCACAUGUAUUUACAUUUCAAAAUAAGAGCAUGGAACCACCCAAGAAUGCUGAUCAUACUACCGAAAGGCCGCUUUAUGCAAAAUCAUCUGCUCAACACAGGGAGAGCUUUGCCUUUGCUACUGUCAGUAAGCGUCUACCUGUGAUUCUGACCAAGGUUAUUGAUACAGUCUACAAGUACAGGAAAGAUGCACAGCAGUUACAUGGCCAGCAAGGGGCUGAAGACUGCAAAUUCAUUGUUGGCAAGCUGUCUGCUCUCAAGAACUGCAUGCAAACAGACAAAGCCCUGGAAAAGCUCACAGAUGAUCGUGAGGAUGUUGAGCUUUGGAAUGGGUACUUAGACGAUGAGACGGAGCGUUGCGGAGGAGACAAACCCAGAUGGUUUAAGUCGGCUUGGCUUUAUGUCGAGUGCUACAUGUACAGGGCCAUCACUGAAGCCAUAACCCUGAGCCAAUGUCUAAAAACCUUUGACCCCUUUAGUGAUCAGAAACAAACUGCCCUGCUAUCUUCCCUUGAUGCAGUAUGCACUCUAACCUCUUACCUAGACGAGGCAGUCAAGGUACCAGCCUCUUUUGAAAAGUUUGCUGAUAUUCUUCAGAUAUCUCUGUGGGGGAACAAGUGUGACUUGUCUAUAUCGGCAGGAAUUGAAAACUCCCAGAAGAUAAGUCCAGUGGCCCAACUGGCCUAUUUACAACCCUACAUUCUGGCUGACAACAUCCACCAAGUAUGGCAGACUCUAUGUGGUGCCAAAGCAUCCCAAGUCUCCCCUGAUAAGAAGGUCAGACUGGACGUAGUCUUGGACAAUGCCGGUUUCGAGCUCCUCACAGACUUGGUCCUUGUGGACUACUUACUUCAGGUCAGGCUCAUCGAUGAAGCACAUUUCCAUCUGAAAGCAAUGCCUUGGUUUGUUAGUGAUGUCGUCAGGUUUGACUGGGACUGGACGCUUCAGCGAUUGCAGGAGAACAAAGACGCAGCUGUGUCGUCUCUAGGGCAGCGCUUCCAGGAUCGGCUCAGAAGCGGUGUCUGUAUACUGCACGAUCAUCUCUUCUGGACUACUUGCUAUGAUUUCUGCGAUAUGAAGGUGGUGGCUCCGGAACUCUAUCAGGAACUAAGUAACGCUGAUCUACUUCUCUUUAAGGGAGACCUCAACUACCGCAAGCUGGUGGCAGAUCGCUCCUGGCCACACACCACACCCUUCGAAGAUGCCCUAUGUGGCUUCCACCCGGCACCCUUGUGUACUCUUAGGACACUGAAAUGUGACACCGUUGUCGGAUUGAAAGAAGGAUUGAGUGAGAAGAAAGAGGCAGAGGAUAAAGACUGGAUGGUCACGGGACAGAAUGCAGUUAUUCAGUUCUGCAACAAAAUUGUCCAAUUGAGUCCUUGACAGGAGUAAUAAGAUGACUGUAUCCAAUCAUGUGUGUGGAUCUUUAUUUCGAUUCUAGGUAAUGUGGCAUAUUGCCAUGAUUCAUUAACCAACUCAAAUGACUAAUUAUAUUUAUGGAAGCAGUAUGUAAACAUAUAUAUUGGGGUAAUAUCUUCAGUUAGAAAAAAUGAUUGUUAAACCAGAAGUUUAACCUCAUUGGCUGAAAUUUAUGACAUUUCAAAACAAGAUUCUAGAUAAUUUAAUUUAUUUGCCGGUAAUAUAUAUAUAUUUUUUACUUAUUUUUUACUUCAAUACAACGUUUUGAUGACUCUUUGCUCAAAUAUGGACUAUGUGUUGUGUCCAUUUAGAGAUAGUGUUUGUAUAAAAUUCCCUUAACUUUUGCCAUUAAGAUGCUUAUAAAGCAGUAGAUGUGUGCUUUGUUGCCCUUGUAAGCAUAUCUUUGGAUUUGAAAUAAUCCAAAAGUUACUCUCGAAAUGGAUCUUCUAUAACUGAAAAUGCAAAUAGUACAAAGUGCAUUUUGAAUAGGCCUACUAGUGGUGCUACAUGUACAACUGUGAGAUUUUAAGGUAAAAGAAAGAUAUUUGAUUUGUGUAUUUCUGAUAUGAUCAGGGCUCUGAAACAAAUGUUUGCUACCAAUCUCUUGAUGGCAAUGGUGAAUCAGAAACAUUGUUGCAUGCACAUUUUAUACAAAAUACUGAUUAGUGUCGUUCUUUCACAUUUGAUUUCUAUCACAAACCUUUGUGUUAGGGGUCCUGGUGCAUUGCUUCUUUCAAAUCCUUUCAUGUACCGUAUUUAUUGCGUUACAUACUCUAAUUUUCUUUAAAGUCCUUAUCCUUAUUUAUUUUGAUAAACUAAUGAACGAUAAAUUGUAACAUGUUUUGUAACAGGGCAAUGUUCUAGAAAUUAUCUUAAUCAGUAUAUGUCUGCAGUGAUGAUUUGUUUUUAUGCAUCUUUAAAAAAAUCAUUUUAGUUGAUGAAAUUCAAUCACUUUCUUAUUUGCGAAAUAGACAUAAAUGAAUAUUUUGUCAAGCAACAGGGUAAGUUCAAAAGAAGUGAUAUGUGCGAUACAUACACUUAUGUAUUCAUUCAUGUUAAAAAUGAAAUUGGCUCAGGAGUUCAACUGGUAUCUUCUGUUUUAACAAUAUUGAGAAUUUGAAACAUCUUUUAAGUUAUUGUGUGAAAAUUAUAUUAGUGGUAUGAAUGUAUGCAAAAUGGAACAUAUGGUAUUUGUUCUUAAAAGGUGUUUUGAAAAUGUAUUACAAGUGCACAGUUGAGAAAGUGUAAAUUUCAAUCUAACUUAUUUCUUUGUUAGAUCUUAUGACGAUUCUUCUAGUAAUAUUAAUGAAUAUUAUUCUUUCCUCUACAUAUAUUAAGUACCCAAUUAUAAUAUUUCAUAUUUUCAAGAGGGAUCCACACUUUCAAGCUUUACUUUUACUGGGCCCUCCUCACUUCCAUUUUCAUAUUCUCUAUUUAAUACUGCUUUUUUGUCUCUCCUGCAAAGCAGAGCGAGACUGUAGGCGCCGUUUUUCCGCCUAAUGAAAAAAUAUUGAAAGAAGAAUGUGUUAUGCAUAUAUACUUAAUAUGUAUUUGUAUGCCUUUUCGGUUAGUUUGUUCUUAAAUAUUUACUAUAAUGUUUGGGAAACACUGCAGUAUUCUGUAAAUUGGAUACUGGGGCCAAUGUUUCUAUGUUGGUCAACGGUUGGAGAAAGUCUCCUUCUCUGCUGAUGAUUAGUCAUAGGUGGCUGGAGGAAACGGCCGAUGAAAGCACCCAGUUCAUCAGUUACCCAGCUAUUCGAGGAUCAGGGCUCCGUAACACAAAGGUUUGCGAUGAAUUGUAAAUAUGAAAGAACCGCGCUGAUUGGUUCCCGGUCAGUAGUUUAAACAGAGUGCGCAUGCAACAAUGAUCUUGAUUGGUUAUUGGUAUUUAGUGAUUGAUUGCAAACCUUUGUGUUACGGAGCCCAGUUAAAAAAUUGAGCUUGUUUGGUCAAAAACCAUGCCAAGCUUCAUAUGGGGGAUAUUCAAACUCAAAAUUCAAAAUAGAAAUACAAAAUAGAAAUAGUUAUGUGUACAAGUUUUUGUAAUCGAUACAGUAUCUGUUUUAUUUUCAUUUUUUCUUUUUAAAACUGAUCAAUGUAUAUGUGCAAAUGUACAUAAUAUAUGGCCUAUAAACUUAGGUCCUACUAUAUCCAUUGUCUGGGUCAUCAUAGUUGGACUGCUCUUGAUUAUUUUUAAUAACAUAAUAUUAUAGCU